CCCCACUGUUGCUGAGGAAAAUGUAGCAGCAGUCAAAGUUGACGGCCGUCGUUGUCUUCACUCCACCGUGUCAUACACAAGUUGACUGGAACAGUUUUCUCACGGAGAGGAGAGUGUAUGGACAUGCAGGGCUGUUUGACAUCUGUGUGAUUUCUGACAUACCCACCACACGUAACCUGAGGAUGAACAUGUUUCCUGAGAAUUGGGAGUGUCAUCGAAAGCCAUGGAAAAAGAUGAAGCACUGUUUCAAUAUGAAAAGGCCUGACACCAUCAGAUACAGUGCAGUGACGGUUCGAGGAGGGGCCAGGGGGGCAGUGCCACUCCUAACGAUGCACUUGCCCCCCCCCCCCCCCCCCCGUGGAAUGCAUUCCUCCUACUGCAUGAUAGGAUUCACAAUAUUUUAGUUCUUAAGUUAUUACUUGGCAACAUCUACGGAGAGCCAUCUAACACACUUUAAAAUGUUAUGUAAUUUGCAAAUUGAUUUAGCUUGUUGCAUCAUAUCUCUCUUGAGAUAAUCUGAUAAUUUUGAGUAUAUGCAUCUACAUUUACAAAAGCUGUUUUGUUUGAAAAGAUCGAAAAGUCUGAAAAUACGUGAAAAGUCAUUGAAUUUUAUUAUGGAAAAAGUUAAUGAACCCUGUUGGUCUUAAAUGUAUUUCAGACAUUCACAGAUUACAACAUAGAAAAUAAAUCAAACUAAAAUUCAAAUUCAAAAAAGAAAAUAAAUGUUGUAAUCUAAAUUACUUAUAAAGAUAUAAAGUACAAUAUUUUCCCUGUGGAAGUAUAAGACUGGAUUCAAACAUUAAUACAAAAUCAUUUUCUCUCAAGAAAAUGCAUAAUCGCAGAAAAUUGAUGCAUACUUUGAAAAGCUCUUUUGUUUAUUUAGCUUUUUAUUUCAUUAAAUAUUGACUAGGUCCUACUUUUAAACUAUAUUUAAUUUUAUUUUUUUUUACAGUCAUUUGUUAGUAGAUAAUUUUAAAAUAUAGCUUAUAUAAACAAUUGCUAAUGAAUACAAUACAUAGGAGAAAAUCAACACAGCAGACAAUACUGGACAUAUUAAAAUAAGUUUCAUAAAGCGGUGUCACUCGUGUCAUCAAACAGAAGUGACUUACAUGAUUUAACGCCUUCACACUCUCUUUGUCAGCUGCUGUAAGUGUCUGCGUGUUCACUUUCUGUUUGAGGUUGACGUUGUCACAAUGUGUGUGGAACUUCCUGUCAGUGUCGUCUUUGUGAUGGUUCUUUCCAGAGAAAUAAUGUGUGUGAGCCAUGACCUGCCAGGCCCUUUGGGAUAGCAUGGGCAGGGCGUUCAACAUGGAGUCAAAAGCAGCCGGCUGCUUCCCGACGUUUUCAGAGCGAGAACUGUACCGCAGCGUCCAGGCUGUGCUGCCGAGAGAAACAGACAUCCACCAGUCCACAGACUGUCUUAACAAAGGAAUGUUAAGAUGGACGCUACACAAGAAAGUUCAGAACAAUCCCGCCAACAGCUUGUCCCUGCUGUGGGUUCUGAUAAAAGAGCUGGAGAAGGCGGAGAGGUGGGACAGUCUUGAAUGCAUCAUUCCUUUGCUCCACACGCUCAUGUAUGCCAUCAUUCAGACAGCCUGCAUCCCAGAUGACUUGUACAAGCGUGUUUAUGACUUCUGUAAGCGACUGCUGACCUACCCUCAGCCCUACUGCACCAUUGGCCUCAAUUACACCAGGAGGAUAAAAACCGAGCGCUCCGUUCCAGGUCUACUGUAUCAGAGGAUGGUGGUAGCAGAGCAGAGACUGAAGAAUGACCAUUAUCCCUUUCAGGAGAGGGUUUUUGUUCUGGCUGAUCCAGAGGUCUUUUCUGCCUCUCUGGCACAAGUCGUGUUGGCUGACAUCGAGGCAGCAUCUGCUUCAAGUCCAAUAGAUCACAUGCGCAAUGUGGUCCAACACUCCAUCCAGGCCACUUUAGGCCAGCAGUGCCAUGGACCUAAACUGGCUAAGACCUUAAAAGAUAUAGAUGUCGAGCCUAAUUUUCAGGAUGUGAUUGCGACUGCAGAGCGGUGUGCGGAAGAAGGUCGCGGCAGGGUUGGCGGUGCACUAAAGAGCCGUCUUCAGCAGCUGCACGGCGACAUUGUCACAGGCGUGAACUCGGAGGCUGCUUCCUCUGGACCACUUUUUGACUGCCCCCUUCCCAACCCCGAGAUGAGCUUCCACCUGUGGACAGAGGAUCUGGAUAUCUGGAGGGAGGUGGCCAAGUGGCUGCGAUCCAGUUCUUCGUCGGAGCAGUUCUCCCUCAGCCCGGAGCAUGAGGACCCCGAGCUGGGCGAAUCCCCCGGUGACCUGUUGCCACCCGACAAGACCCGCUUUUCUGUCUUGUCUAACGACAGCGGCAUCGAAAGAGACCUGUCCCACAGUGGUGACGCUUCGCCCGUGGCAUCGCUCGAUUCGGGCCAUGUGAGUGCAUCGUGGGAACCUUGCAAGAGCGAGCAAGAGUCAGUCAGGUUGGCACGACGUGGAGGCAUGAAGGUGAAACCGUCCGUGAAGGAUAGCGUGGCGCUGAUGCAGGACACCUUGGAGGGUCAUGCAGGAGGGCUUGGGAGCAGGGGAGGAGGAAGAGAGGUCAUACUGCAGAGGCGAGCAGGAAGCAAUGCCAGCCAGACCCCCUUCCCCAAACAGCACAGGCUAUUUACCGCCAGGAUUGUCGUCUUGGGGGGUGACAGUAUAGUGGGCCGCCUGGCCAAAGCCUACUACUGCUUAAGGAAAAGGGAAGCCCGCAGAAUUUGUCUUACCAUGAAAGUCAGCCUGCAAUUUUACUACAUCCCUGUUUGCGCCGCAGCAACCGCCACUUCGUCUGACAAGGAGAACCAUCAGUCCAAGCAGACUCCAUGCACUCUAGGGUCAUAUUUGAGCACAGUGGACCCGUGGUACAACUGCAACAUCAGCAGUUUGGGCUGCAUGAUCCCCAAACUAGCUAAAAUGCAACAAACAAACCCAUCAAAGCCGAAAGAGCCAUUUGUGUCAGACGUUAUUUCCUACUACGUGCGAAUGGGCCAGCAGCCGGUGUACUUCAACAUCUACUUUGUUAAGAUUACCUUUACAAGCAUGACCAAGAGCCCAGUGGAGGAUGUCUUUCUGACACAUUUAGAAGUGGACGUUCCUGACCUCAGACACUCUUCAGCGCCAAUGAGAGAGAAGCAGAAGAAGUGUGUAGCAGAUGUAUGUGGAGCUCUUGUCUGCAUCAGUUACAAAAAAGUGACACUAAGUGGCCGCGACGCUGACAGAGGCCUCCCCAUGAGGACAACAGGCGGUCACGUCAGUGCUAUUCCCUCGAGUGCAAAAGAUGAUCUCAACUGUUUGACGCUCACCUUGAAAGAAUGGCAAGCAAAAGCUAAAAACAACAAUGUGGAGUUCAAAAUUAGGAGCAACAACAUCAAGAUGUGUUCACUGGAGAGUCGGUCAUCGCUCAGAAUUACAUUAGACAGAGAUUGUCAAAGGAUCUACAAUGAUGUUCACAGCAUUGAAAUCCUUCCCUGCCUUGAUCCUGGAUACUGCGUCCAAAAAAAUAGGAUGUCCAAAUUGAACCUGGGUGGGGACAAGGACGCGGGACUGAGCAAGUACAUGAGUAAAGGACUUCCUCUGCCUGUCAACACGUUUGCCGGCAUCAUCAACUGACCUGAGCAGAAAGACGCACGGACGACAUAUGUGGAUGGAAAAGCCUGGCAAUCAAAUCAUCUGAACAAAUGCAGUGCUUUUUACCAUUUCUUCCCACUGUGCAGACAUCCAUUUAACAUGGAUUCACCUUGCAUUCAUUAGUGCCUGUAAAAGUACUCACUGGCCACUUGAUUAGGUACACCUGCACAAUCUGAUGACGUGGAUCUCGUUUACUUGUGGAAGUGUAGCGCAAAGUGUGCGCUGAUAGUGGUGUCAUUGAAUUUGCACCACAUAAUGAACUGUGCCGAACCACAUACAGAACUGACACAACUACCUUGUCUUGACCUGAGAAGAGUCUUUAAAGCUAGUGAACAUGCAGUGGAACCUCCAAAGCGGAACACUAUUUGUUCCAUGAUAUCAGUUGACUUCCAAGUUGUUCCCCAUCAGGAAAUAAUGGAUAGUGAAAUCAUUACAGUCUCAAAUUAACUUUAAGUAACAUUUUAAAACGUUAACCACUGUAUUAAUAUAAAAGAAAAUUACUCUCUGUUUUGAAGAUGCUAAAAAACACUUAAAGCAGAAGAAACAGGAAGAGGAUUUAAGGCAACGUACCAAGCUCAGCAGGUAGGGUCGGCCCGAGAAGGACAGCCGGUUAUCUACAAGCUGCAGUCGCUGUUCACUGCAGAGAUUAGCCAGCCACCGGUUAAGUGAGAAUAAUCUCCGAAACCUCUCAUCAUUCCUUCUCUCAGGUAAAGGACCAGAGACAAUUACUCGUUAACAGCAGUUAACUCAUUUUUACGCUUGUAUCACAGUGGGAAAUGUCGCCCAAGUCCACGUGCUGUAGAGAAUGAGUGGACCCUCCAAAUUGUACGACUUUCAGGGGUGUUUGACUUUGGAGGUUCCACUUUAUAGGCAAGAUUCUGUUCUACAAACUUGUUUCUGAAAAGGCAAAAUGGGAUGAAAGUGUAAAUUGCUCACACGCAACCAAUCGGAACCUCAGUAUCUUGUUGUCGCGUUCUUGUUGACGUUGCAUGUUUUUUUUUUUUUUGCCAAAUCCUUGGUGAUGGUUUGAGAGCAGCUGUGUGUGUGUGUGUGUGUGUGUGUGUGUGUGUGUUGUGAUUGCACAUCAGAGUCAUUCAUUGUCAAGGGCCUGUUGAAGAGCUGACACUUCUAUUCAUAGGAAAAUGUGAUUGCAUCUCUUCACACAAGCCACCUAUAGCCAUCUGACCCAAUUGCAGUAUACACACGAGUGUAGUCUUUUGUGCAUAAAUGUGUGUGUGUAUAUGUUGACAAUCACGUGUAAUGUAAAUGCUAAAU